GCACUGGUCAUAAGCCGCGGGCACUGAUUAUAAAGUCUAUGCAGCCUGCGGGACUCAGCGGCCCCAGAUCCUAGAUGGGGAGAUGGCGACGCACGCACUGCUCCUGCUCCGCGCGGGCCCACACUCGAUGCGAUAUUUCUCCACCGCCGUGUCCCGGCCCGGUCACGGGGAGCCACGGUACAUGGAAGCCGGCUACGUGGAUGACACGCAGAUCAUGCGCUUCGACAGCGACGCGGAGACUCCGAGGAUGGAGCCCUGCGAGCCGUGGAUGGAGCAAGAGGGGCCAGAGUAUUGGGAGCUCCAGACAAAAGUUGCAAAGGGCCACGAGCGAAGUUUCCAAGUGAACCUGAGGACCCUAAUUGGCUACUAUAACCAGAGCAAGGGUGGCUCUCACACGUUCCAGUGGAUGUAUGGCUGUGACGUGGGGUCAAACAGGACCCUCCUCCGUGGAUACUGGCAGUUUGCCUAUGAUGGCCACAAUUACCUCGCCCUGAAUGAAGACCUGAAAACGUGGACGGCGGAGGACACAGUGGCGCUCAUCACCCAACGCAAGUGGCAACAGGCUGAUGAACAGCAUUACAAGAACUAUGUGGAGAGCACCUGCGUGGAGUGGCUCGACAGAUACCUGGAGCUCGGGAAGAAGACGCAGCUGCGCACAGACCCCCCAAAGACAAAAGUGAUGCAUCAUCCCGGACCUGAAGGUGGUGUCACCCUGAGGUGCUGGGCCCUGGGCUUCUACCCUGCUGACAUAACCAUGACCUGCCAGAGGGAUGGGGAGGACCUGACCCAGGACAUGGAACUUGUGGAAACCAGGCCUGCAGGAGAUGGGACCUUCCAGAAGUGGGCAUCUGUGGUGGUGCCUUCUGGAGAGGAGCAGAGAUACACGUGCCAUGUGGAGCAUGAGGGGCUGCCUGAGCCCCUCACCCUGAGAUGGGAGUCUCCUCUGUCCAUCAUCCCCUUCAGAGCCAUUGUUGGUGCUGUCCUUGGAGCUGUGGUCAUCUUAGGUUUUAUCAUUGGUGGUGUUAGGAGGUGGAUGAAGGAGAAAAGAGGUGGAAACAGAGGCUAUGCUCCUGCUGCAGGCAAGGACAGUUCCCAGCCCUCUGACUCAUCUCUGGAGACUUGAAAAGGUGACACCUGGUGACCUGGGAUUGGGGCUGAGGCAAACAGGAAAGAACUGGGUCCCAGAGACUCUCAGAUGAAGAUCUUUGAAUGAGAGGUGGGCCUUUGAGAUGUUUUUUAUAUUGGCUGUGCUGACUCUUGUAGUUUAUUUUGGGGCAGAUAUCUCAUAGGACCAAGUGACAAGAUCUGACAGUGAAAUCACUUUGGGCAUCGGUGUCUGGAGGGUUAUGCGUUUCCUGUGCACACAAAGGGAAGACCUGGAGAUACCAGCCCAACCCAGGACAUCAGGACUCUGGCCCUGCACUGGCUGUCAUCCCUUCCACAGCCAAACUUCCUGGCCCAACAGUCGCUGGGGGUAACUGCAUCCUGUCAGCUCCUGCAGUCUGAGCUCCAGCUCCUCGCUUCCACACUGAACAGAAGAAUAUGAAUAUGAACUCCUUGACCUGAACAGUUCACUGGCUGGUAAAUUUAAGGACUGAGAAUACUCAAGAGUACUGGGGAGGAGGUAAGUGGCAGCCUGGAGAGCCUUCCAUGGUUGGCGUUUCCUGUGCUGAGGGUCCGGUGGGACAGGAGUCCUCUGUGGGGUCUGCCUUGACAACGGGGCCUAGAGAGUCCUUGUGGGAAGCUGUAAAAGAAAGGUCUGGAGUUGCUGGAGAACCCAAGACAUGGGAGAUGCCAGUCUUUACAUAUUGCCAAGGCAGAUCACUAGCAGGUGUGCAAAUGGCCUGGGAGAAAGAAGUGAUUCACAUACAAGGAUGACAGAACUUGGAGAUCUCAAGAGAGCUUUGGUAUCAGACUUGGAUGUAGGUUAGAGAUGGACCAUCUGGUUUUGAGUCUUUGAUCCAGUAUUUCCUCACUUUGCUCCUUUUUCUUUCCUUUUGAAACAGAAAUAUACAUCCAGUACCAUUGUUGAGGAAUA